ACUUGUGCGGCAGCGACCGCGGCAGCUCGGCGCUCCUUCGCGACGCUUGGGCCGGGUGCCGCUGGCGGCCGUUGCCAGGGUGGGGGGCGCUUUGCGGCAUGGCGAUGGCGGAGGGCGAGCGGACUGAGUGUGCGGAGCCCCCCCGGGACGAUCCCCCGGCUGAUGGCGCCCUGAAGCGGGCAGAGGAGCUCAAGACCGAGGCCAACGACUACUUCAAAGCCAAGGACUACGAGAACGCCAUCAAGUUCUACAGCCAGGCCAUCGAACUGAACCCCAACAGCGCCAUCUACUAUGGCAACCGCAGCCUGGCCUACCUACGCACCGAGUGCUAUGGGUAUGCGCUGGCCGACGCCACCCGCGCCAUCGAGCUGGACAAGAAGUACAUCAAGGGCUACUACCGCCGGGCGGCCAGCAACAUGGCGCUGGGCAAGUUCCGGGCCGCCCUGCGCGACUAUGAGACGGUGGUGAAGGUGAAACCGCAUGACAAAGAUGCCAAGAUGAAAUACCAGGAGUGCCACAAGGUGGUGAAGCAGAAGGCGUUCGAGCGCGCCAUCGCAGGCGACGAGCACAAGCGCUCAGUGGUGGACUCGCUGGACAUCGAGAGCAUGACCAUCGAGGAUGAGUACAGUGGGCCCAAGCUGGAGGACGGCAGGGUGACCGUCACCUUCAUGAAGGAGCUCAUGCAGUGGUACAAGGACCAGAAGAAGCUGCACCGGAAGUGCGCCUACCAGAUCCUGGUCCAGGUCAAAGAGGUCCUGUCCAAGCUGAGCACACUUGUGGAGACAACGCUUAAAGAGACAGAGCAGAUGACAGUUUGCGGGGACACCCAUGGGCAGUUCUAUGAUCUCCUCAACAUCUUCGAGCUCAACGGUUUACCCUCUGAGACCAACCCCUACAUAUUUAAUGGUGACUUCGUGGACCGCGGCUCCUUCUCUGUGGAAGUCAUCCUCACCCUCUUCGGCUUCAAGCUCCUCUACCCCGAUCACUUCCACCUGCUCCGAGGCAACCACGAGACGGACAACAUGAACCAGAUCUACGGCUUUGAGGGCGAGGUGAAGGCCAAGUACACGGCGCAGAUGUAUGAGCUCUUCAGCGAGGUGUUCGAGUGGCUGCCGCUGGCGCAGUGCAUUAACGGCAAAGUGCUGAUCAUGCACGGCGGCCUGUUCAGUGAGGAUGGCGUCACCCUGGAUGACAUCCGGAAGAUCGAGCGGAACCGGCAGCCCCCCGAUUCAGGUCCCAUGUGUGACCUGCUCUGGUCGGACCCACAGCCACAGAACGGGCGCUCGGUUAGCAAGCGGGGCGUGAGCUGCCAGUUUGGGCCCGACGUGACCAAGGCCUUCCUGGAGGAGAACCAGCUGGACUACAUCAUCCGCAGCCACGAGGUCAAGGCUGAGGGCUACGAGGUGGCACACAGCGGCCGCUGCGUCACUGUCUUCUCGGCUCCCAACUACUGCGACCAGAUGGGGAACAAAGCCUCCUACAUCCACCUCCGGGGCUCCGACCUGCGGCCUCAGUUCCACCAGUUCACAGCAGUGCCUCACCCCGAUGUCAAGCCCAUGGCCUACGCCAGCACAUUGCUCCAGCUGGGCAUGAUGUGAGGUGCUGAGGAAGCGAGCGAGCGAGCGAGCGAGAGAGCGUUCCCUUCCUCUGGAAAGUUUGUAUUUAUUACUGUGGGGUGCAGGCCGGGAGCCGCCAGAGCUGUGGUUCCCUGGACAGAUGCAGGACGCGGAGAGACUGGGCUGGGGGUGUGACCCUGGGACUCUGCAGGGAGGCCCCCGUGGAACAGCGGGGGACCCCCCCAAGGCUCCCGCCCUCCUCACGGCCCCUCCCCUGCUACAGCAAUAGGGCCCCGCCUUAGGGAGACCCCCAGGAAGGGGGUCAUCAGGGAGGCCAGGCCUGCACCCCCUCCUGACCCCCUGGGCGGGGCUGGGCGGGGCUCCCCCCUGCCCAGCUAUUUUAUGUCUGUAAUUAAAUAUGUUAAAUAAAGUCACUAUUGUCGGUU